UAUUAAAAUAUAUAUAUACAUAUUUUCUUGUUGAAAAUAAAUCUGAUAAUUACUUUUCUCACCUGUGUGUUAGCUUCGCCGCCUUCGCUUUCGUCUGCCUGUUUCCGGUGUCGGAAAUCGGAAUCAAAUCAUAGCUUUGAACCAAGGUUUCAUAUUGAAUUAGUACAGUAUCGUUCUUCAUCAGUCUAGCUACUAUAGGUUUGAACCAGAUGGCUGAUUGCAGAAGAAUGAAUCAAACCCUAAUUGCAAUUUUACCCAAUUGUGUAUUUUGGAUGCUACUUUUCCUUUUGAUUGCUCCUCUUGAUGUUCUUGCAAAGUCUCGCCAGCCUAUCUCUGAAGCUGAAGUUAGAGAACUGAAGAACCAGUGUUAUGCAGAUAUAGAAAGUGGAUUAUGGGGUUGGGAUUGCAAGUCUUCCACUAUAGCAAAGGAAAAUUGUGCUUUAAAGUGUCUUUCACCAACCUGUUUUGAGCUAAUAUAUGAGACUGAUCCUCUGGAGGAAGGAGAGAAGGAUUUUGCGAGAAGUGCUGAGUAUAAGUAUUGUAUGCAUCGGUUAUCAUUGGGAGAAAGUCUGGAGAACAUCAAAGGUUCUUUUGACGUCUAGGAUUUGUAAAAACAUGUAAUUAUCAAAUUGGUGUUAUUUAUUCAUAACUUAUGCUUUUGGAUUUGGAUUUGGAUACGAGGUUUGUUAUUUGGUUGGUUAUAUUCCUCUUCUUUGUUAACGUUUUAGGACAAUCGCAAAAUUGUAUUUAGUCCUAACUAUUUAUGAUAUUAUGUUACCUUGUCGAUUUACUGCUAUGCGUAUGUUUUUGUUUGCCUUUGUUUA